UAAAACAAUCCACACAGCAAGACAAUGGGUAAAGGUCGUCUAAAUACAGUCAAAUGGAAUAUGUUCAUUUUUGGCUGCUACUGUUGGAAUGCAAAGAGCACGUUGUUCGGUAAAACCAUUUCAAAUGUGUAGGGUGUGAUCAAAGUUAUUUUCUUCUGUAUAAGGUGUGUUGCUGUUCAGGUCAAUCCUGUUCGGUGGGACUUCCUUGCCAUCAAACAGUGCGCCUCCAAAUAUCUGCACAUGUUUCUCAGGAUAUUUCACAGACAAACGAAACUCAAUCCUGGAUGGCAGAGAACAGCUUAAGCAGGACAAAACUGAAGGCUGGCCAUUAAAGGAUUUUCCAUCAAAGAUGAUGUGAAGUUGGAAAGACCAUGAAGAUAUCAAGAUCACUGACAAACUGGGCAACCUUUCUGUUGAUUCUAGCGGCAAUGUUCGCCUUGUAUCGUGACCCAUUUGUAAUCCUUUGGUGGCCUCCGGAGCCUGUCCAGAGGCCUCAAAUUUUACCUCUGCACAUGGAGACGGAGUCCAUUGAUGACAUGUAUGAAGGCUGUCGGUCGGAGAUGGCUGCUGUGAGUGACCGACUUGGAGUAUUUGAGCGUGGCAAUAACAAGCGUUUUGGUUCCGCUUGGGCUUUUGCUGAAAAACACGCAAGAAUGCCUGUGCAUAAGGACAUGAAGCAGGAACAUGCCAUCGCUUUAUACUUGUACACCAGCGUGCCUUUGGUCCAACAUGAUUUCAGUAGAGCAGUCAAAGAAGGCAAACCAAAAUACAGCACGCCUGAAUUUCAGUUCCAUUACUUCUACUUCUUCUUGACCGAAGCCGUCCAGCUGCUGCGUCUCACAUCCUGCAAAACCAGCUAUCAUCGUACAUCUGAACACUAUGACGUCAAUGUGGUGAACACAAACAUGCGUUUUGGUGCUUUUGUUUGGGCAGCCACAGACAAGCGGACGUUUGAGUCCAAUGGCAAAGUUUCCUGCUUUGAGAUCCACAGCUGCUUUGGUGCUGAUGUGACAUUCUACUCUGCUAAAGACCAAGCGGGACAAGUGCUGAUUCCUCCAUAUGAGGUUUUCACUAUCACGGAUGUACAAACUGAUGAACAGUGGUGUAAUGUUGUCUAUAAACUACAAAGCACUAAAUCACCCAGGGGAGAUCUGAAUUGUAAACUUAAUCUGCAGCAAAUAAAAACAUUUGUAUGAUCUUUGCAAUUCGUGGAACAUUUAAUAAUGCAAAUGCGUAUCGUGAAAACAACUUCAGCAGGUGAGACAAGCUCCCACUCGCAUUCAACACAAGUCAAGCAAGAACAUGGGGUGGGUACUUUAACAGAGGUGAGUCAAUAAUAACAUUUUCUGUUUUAAUGUAACUGAUGUGCUGAAAGGGUACUUGUGGAUGUCCUGAUGGCUGUGGGUGGUAGCCAUUAUGUCUAAUGGAGUCUGUAGGAAUGACAGCUUGUUAGGGCUGUAGAAAUUAACGGGAGGCCUAAAGAACACAAGAAAUCCCACUUUUC